AUGCGGAUCAAGGCCAUUGCUAUCGCCGCCCUGGUGACCACCUCUCAAGCCCAGCUCAUUCAAAUUCCUCUCGUCACCCAGCUCCUCGACGCUCUCGGCGCAGUUGGCGAUGCGAUCGAGACUGCCACUGGCCUGACUUCAGGCGCGGGAAACAACCCUCUUGGUCUUGCCGGCAGUCUUCCUGGUAUCCUUGGCAGCCUUACCACGGUCACCGGCCUUCUCAGCGGCUUGAACAACAUCCUCCCGCUUUUUGGCAAUGGCGGAAUCCCUCCUGAGGACGAGGGUGACCUUUGCGACGCUCUGGACCACAUCACUGCCCAGCAAGCAAACCUCACGGCCGCCGUGAAGCAGCUCAAGGCCAGGUCGCCAAUCAUCGGCGGCCUCGUCGGCGGCCUGCUCAAGACCGUCGUGGACCUCGUUGUUGGCCUCGUCCUGGGGCUCCUGCACCUCACCCCCGAUUGCGACGUUGAUGUUGACCCUGCCCUCGGUGUUGGUGUGGGCGUUGGUACACCAUGA